CACUGAAGAGCAGCUGCAGCAGGACAUGAUGGUGCUUUGAGGACUACUCUACCAUGCAGUCCACCAUGAAUUUCAAUGCACUUCAACGCCAGGGCAGCAAAGAGAAUUACAUUUUGGAUAAUACUCACACGAAGAAAAGUUCUCUGUGGUCCCGGCGUUCAUUGAGGGGGAACAAUGAUCGACACCGGCAGAACACAAGCUCUCUGCCCCGAGUGUGCAAGCCCAAACAAACGCGCUCAAACUCACUGGUUGAUUACUCUGACCCACAAAGGACCACAAUUGUACUGGAAAAGCAAGACAAUGAAACAUUUGGUUUUGAAAUUCAGACCUAUGGCCUGCAGCUGAGGAACAGCUCUGCAGUGGAGAUGUGCACUGCUGUGAGCAAGGUGCAGGAGGACAGUGCUGCUGAGAGUGCUGGCCUGACUGCAGGAGAUGUUAUCGUCACAAUCAACGGGGUCAGCAUUGAAGGAUCAUCUCAUCAGCACAUACUUGAUCUGAUAAGAGAAUCAACUAACAAUCUAAUGAUGGAGACUGUAUGUGGGACUGUAGUGAAGCAGAUAGAACUGGAGAAGAAGAUGAACCUGCUUAAGCAAUCACUACAUGAGAAACUGGUGGAGCUUCAAGCACUUACAUUACAAGAAAAACGCCUCAUGCGAGGGAACUUGAACGACAGCAGCUUCCACCUUUUGAUGGACUCUACUUUGAGCUCCCACAAAGGCCGCUGUGGCCGGCGCUUUUCCAGUGACAGUAGCUACAGGAGUGCGAUGACAGAUGACAGUGACCAGGCCAGUGUGUUUGGGGAUCUGUGCCUUCCCAGCCCCUGCAGUGCAGCCAGCACCACAGAUGACAGCUGCUUCUUCUCCAGAGAUUUUCGUCCACAGGACGCCUCCGACAGGUUUUCAUCCAGCUCAAGCCAUCAACACCAAUCUCUCAGCCGGUCCAGCAGCUCCAGCUUGGCUGGCAGCAGCAGCUCCCUCUCCCCUUCGUGGGACGAAACAAGGAUCUCCUCCUUGUUUGGUACCCUGCCGAGGAAAGGCAGGCGAGCCAGUGUUCGCAAACACAUUCUCAAGUUAAUUCCUGGACUCCAACGAUCAGUUGAAGAGGAGGAGAUCUGAUCAGAUACUCAGUGACUUGUUGUUCACAUGCUCCUUGUCUCUACUUGAUACUGAGGGUUAACAAGGUUUUUAAUGCUCUGAGACUCUGUAAUGAAGUGUUUACACACACUUGAAAGGUUGGGUUAACCCCUUGAAAAAUAGUAAUAAGUGUUUGCUUUAAUGGAGACAUGGAGGAGACGGAUAUUGUGGCACUUGGCAUUUGUCAGUAUCAAAGUCUACCCAAGAGCUUCUGAGCCUUAAAGGUGAGACUGGCUCACUGUUUGUGUUAGACUCAUGGCACAAAAGCAUUAUGAAAAUGUAAAAUGUUUUGCUUUGAACAAGUGCUUGAAUGAAUGUAUGCAUCAGAUUGUAAUGUAUAAAAAUGAAAUUAUAUAUAUCCCUCUAACUUGAAUAAAAAACAAUUUUUUCCCCCAUGC